ACAAAAACACUUCGGAUAGUCAAAAACCUAAAGUUAGCGACUAACAGAAGAGACGAAAGUGUACACGGAGACAUUCGUUAGAGUGGUUAUUCGAGUGCGUAACGUUUAGACAAGAUAAUGGGAAUUGGGUGGAUUUGCACGUUAUUGAGCAACUUGGAGAGCACGCACCAACGAAAGGGUAACUAUAUCUUCUACAUGCCAACGGUUUGGGAGAGAACACUGAAGAAGAACUGACUAUUUCGUUCCACAUAGACAGUUACAGAAUAAUGUCGGGUAUGAAUAACGGCACGAUGACAAGUGGGCCCCGGGAGCCUACUAUCCCGGUGAUUAUGUUUAUAUUCGGAGUGGUGGGGAACGUCAUCGCCAUCGUGGUGCUUCGAAAGUCUCGGAAGGAACAGAAGGAAACCACCUUUUACACCCUGGUUUGCGGGCUUGCAGUGACCGACCUUUUGGGCACGCUACUGGCCAGCCCCGUCACCAUCGCCACCUAUGUGCAAGGGAAGUGGCCGGGUGGAGAGUCACUGUGUCAGUACUCCGGCUUCAUCCUUCUCUUCUUCUUUCUAGUCGGCCUCAGCAUUAUCUGUGCCAUGUCCAUAGAGAGAUACCUGGCUAUAAACCAUGCGUAUUUCUACAACCAUUACGUGGACCAAAGACUUGCGGCGUUGACGCUUGCGGGAAUCUACAUUUCUAACGUGCUGUUCUGCGCGCUGCCUGCCAUGGGGCUGGGGAAAGUGAAUAAACAGUUCCCAGGGACCUGGUGCUUCAUCGACUGGCGGACUAAUGACUCCGCGCACGCCGCCUUCUCCUACAUGUACGCCGGGGUGAGCUCCUUUCUUAUCCUGGCCACGGUGAUAUGCAACGUGCUGGUAUGCGGGGCGCUGAUUAUGAUGCACAAGCGGUUCAUCCGCAGAACAUCGCUGGGUACGGACCAGGGAGGACGCAUAGCGGACCUGAGGCGCAGACGGAGCUUCCAACGAUUGGCCGGUGCAGAGAUCCAGAUGGUAAUUCUGCUCAUCGCUACCUCCGUGGUUGUUCUCAUCUGCUCGAUACCUUUGGUGCUGCGGAUUUUUGUAAACCAGCUGUCCAGGGUAGAAUUUGACGCCCGUUCAACUCCCAUAGAGAAGAACCCAGAUCUCCACGCCAUCCGCAUUGCCUCCGUCAACCCCAUCCUUGACCCCUGGAUCUACAUCCUGCUGAGGAAGACCGUCCUACUGAAGCUGGUGGAGAAGAUCAAGUAUCUGUUCUGCCGCCUGGGCAGCCAUGGGCGGGGCUCAGGGGUCAGCGGUCAAUUCUGCUGUGGAGGUGAAAGUCAUCAGAAUUCGUCCAUCGUGUCCCUGGACUCCCCGUCACUAGUGUCCCGCGAGUUGAAGGAUGUCAUCAGCACCUCGCAGACAUUUCUUUACCUUCCAGAGGGGACUAAAGGGGGGCUGGGGGGGUUUAGAGGGACAGGGGGAGAGGGAAGACCUAUCCUCCCUGCUGUGGAGCGCUCCCUGCUCCAGGACCAACAGACACAAGCGGGUAAGGGGAUGCAAAAGGAUCCCAAAAAGGGCCCCAGGAUAUCAAUGAGGUCAGAGGGGACAGUUGACCCUUCACGCCUGAACAGGGUGCAAUUGGACCGAAAGGACAAGACUCUACAUGUGACAUUUACAGACGAGACACUGAACUUACAGGAGAAAUGCAUCUGACGAACACAAACACAAACUCAGCCAGAGUGGCUGAUAACACAGAAAAGUCACAGAGGGCAGGGGAAUUUAGGACUUCUAAUAGCCUAAAAGGUUGGGACUUCUGAAUGGUUGAACUGAAAUACACGUUGAUAAACUGAACUCACAGGUGAAGGAAUUCUGGGAGCUGUGCAAACACACGGUUGGUUUUAUUGACAGCUGACACGAUAAGAGGAGAAAUAGUAAUCGUUCUAUAGUGAUUGUGUUAUUCUUCGAACUUUGAGUUCAUCGGUGAUGCUCCAAAAUGGAAUGUCAGUCUAGCAGAAACAUGAUGUCCUGUUUAGGGUUUGGACAAAAUGGAAACACGGUGCCAAAGUGGAUUGUAGGAGAUUGGAUCUAUUGACAUGGAUGGAUCUAUUGUAUAUGUCACAGUCUUAUUACAAGAAUACCAAUAUAAUAUACCAGCACACACAUCAGUAAUGAACAUAAAAUGUCAUAUGAACUUUUAUAAAGACUAUAAGGAGAUUUCAUUGCACUUUUCAAGAACUCAAAACCAUUGAAAGGCUGUCAGAAUGCUAUCAGUAUAGAAUGUUGCUUACCACUGACCUCCACUACUACAAACAUUGUGAUAUACUGUAAAUAGUCAUUAGGCUACAAUGUGAACUUUGUCCCAUAACAUUAACACAUUUUUUAAUGAAAAAAUAAAUGUUUCUUCUCUGUGA